UUCCGCCCAGACCCCGGGAGAGCUGGGGGAUGUGACCUGCAGCCGGUGACGGCGGAGCCACCCAUCACCCUGUCCUAUGCCACCAGCACCGUGCCGUGGGGCUGCGUCAGCAGCAGCUCCGUGGGCACCGAGCAUGAAGUCCACAUCCUCAACAUUGAGUGGUCCAAGGCUCCUGCCUUCCCUCUGAAGGUGUCCGUCGUGCCACGAGCUGGUGGCUGCACCCGGCAAGCGGUGCUUGUCCUCCUGUGUGCCCGCUGCUUGGCCACCGUCACCUCCCCAUGCUCAGACCUGCUCGUCCACACCGACGCCCACCUCAGCCCGGGGACCACCAUGACCAGGCCUGAGCUGCCCAUGACCACCAGUGAGGAGCAGCUGCUGGCCUGGGCUCUGAGCACCUACGGGGGCAUCACAUCCUACAGCAAGCUGCGGGACCCCCGCUGGGUCCAGCUCCGCCUGGGAGAAGAUGCCAACAAACACCCGGAGUGCAUCCCCAAGGAGCACUUCAACGCCAUGCCACACCUCGAGACCGAGGUCUUCUUCCACGGGAUGAAGGGCUGCUCGCGUGGCGAUGCCCAGAGCACCGGGGCUGCCCACAUCGUCCGGCUGCAGCCUGAGUCCAGCUUCCCGGUCGCGGAGGUGAACCUGUCCCUGAGCUGUCCCGAGGGAGCCAUGAACAACCAGAUCCUCAUCCUGCAGAGCCAGGCCAACCUCACCUGGUCCCUCUCAGUCAACAACUGCCACAUCCAGUUCCUGGUCUCAGGGAACUACAAGAUCGCACACAUCUCCUCACCCCUGCUCCCCGGGGAGCACCUGCCUGACACGGAGCAGGGCCUCGUCGCCAAAGCCUUCGAGAAGAACUACAGCGUCAUCGCCUCCUACUCCAUCAUCCCCACCAGCACCCGCGUCAGCCUGGAGAUCCAGGAGCAUGUCAGGAGGGAGCCCACCACCACUGACCCCCCGGCCCCCACCGCCAGCUCGCUGCCCCACACGCUGCUGUUCAUGCUCCAGCCAUGGAAGUGCACGGAUGAAACCAUGGAGAUCGUCAUCGCCAGGUCCCACCUGGAGCCCAUCAAGGACGUGGUGAACAUCACCCUGCGGGACAUCAGCUGCCAGGCAGAGAAAAACGCCACUCACUUUAUGCUGAAAACCCCCCUCAGCCACUGUGGCACAUCGCUGGAGGGUAGGGGCCAUGCCAACAACGAGCUCAUCCUCAACCUGGCCAAGGGCACAGUGCUCCAGAGCGUGCGGGUGGCCUUCCAGUGCAAUAUCCCGCGGGAGCUCUUCCUGCGUCUCUUCCCCACCGCCGCCUUCGAGGUGCCACAGACGGAGCUGGAGGUCAACAAGGAGGCUUUCGUGCAGGCGUCCAUGCGGUGGGAGGACCACCCGGCCGACCUGCAGCUGAAGGAGUGCUGGCUGGUGGCACCAGGGCAGGAGCCGGUGCUGCUGGUGCAGGGUGGGGAGGCACGGGGGGCAGGGGUGGCCGUGCUGGAGGGCCCCCCCAGCAGCCGUGGGAGGAAGGUCUGGCGCUUCCGCUUCACCUACGUCGUCCCCGAGGGUGGCCGUGUCCCCUUCUCCGCCACCCUCAGGUGCAAGGCCGGCUUGCAGAACAACACCAUCUUUGAGAAGGUCCUGGAGGUGACGGUGAAGGACAGCUGGCGGCCACCCAACAACCGUGGGCUGGGUCUGGCCGCUGUCCUGGGCAUCACCUUCGGCGCCUUCCUCAUCGGGGCACUCCUCACCGCCGGGCUCUGGUACAUCUACUCGCACACCCGUCCCAUCUCCAAACUGCAGCCGGUUUCCAGCACGGCGCCAGCCUCGGAGAGCAGCAGCACCAACCACAGCAUCGGCAGCACCCAGAGCACCCCCUGCUCCACCAGCAGCAUGGCCUGACUCCCCCGGGCCCCCCCGAGCCCGCCCAGUCCCCGGCCGCCGGACUUGGGGACACACCUCAGCCCCAUUAAGCUGGUUUUUUGCCCCAAAUCUCAGGCCAAGCCCGGAGGGGGCCUCCGUUACUCAUUCAAUGAAUGCUUUGGCUCCCCAAGGGCAGCCCAAGCUGGGGAGGGGGGGCACCCUGCAACCCCCCCCCAGGUCCCCUGCUGCUGGGUGCACCAGGAAGGUGGAGAGAGCAGCUAUUACCAAAGCCCCCCCCCCAAGGCUCCCCAUCAAAUGGGGUUGGGGGGAAAGUGGGUGCCCCCAGGAUGCGCUGCAGCACUUGGGGGGACCCCCCCACGCCCCUCCCGCAUCCCCCCAAGAAGGCAGCGGGCACCACUAGGAGCAGCAAGAGGUUUAUUGGGGUGGGGGGGGGCAGGGCUGCUGCCCCCACGUGGGGUGAUGAGCAGAAACCACCCUCCCUCGGCUCCCCGUCCAAGUUACAAACUCUUAUUAAUAAUAAUAAAAAUCUCUCCUACAUUAAAUUAGUUGUGCCCCGAUA